AUGGCUCUGUGGAGGAGAUAGUGCUCCCAUCUAGCGUUCUUCGUAGGAAUGACAUAGAAUCCAGAAACAAACAUUUGUGUAGGUAAGCCUCGGGGCAUGUUGGGAAUUGAAGUCGUGGAAAGAGAGAAAGUUUACUUCCUCGUUGUAGUUGACAGGAAGAAAGAAGAGGCACGUCACGCCAGUGAAAAGUUUCUUCCUUGCUUUGAUUUGGCAUCAUAUGAAAAUAUAUUCGUCAGAUAAAGAUGUCCCUGCAUGAUUUGUCCAAAUCAGGAUCGAGGCCCAUCACAGCAGUGGCCUGGGCCUCCAACAGCAGCAACUGCCCUGGGCCCUUCCACACGAUCACCAUGACGGAGGAUGGGGCCAGUGGCUGCUUCAACAAAGGCUUCGGCAGGUCAGGGUACUUCCUGUGCUACAGCAAGGACCAGACUGGUGGCAUGGUUGUGUCCGACAUCCGGGUGAUUACCGACAGAGAGGCCAUUCCUCACGGAUACUGUUACAUCCCAGAGUUCAUGGAACCAAGGGCCUCAGUGUUGAAGAAAAAGCGUGUGUGUGCGCAGAUGGUUCCGGUGGACAGCGUCACCACUGCAGUGCUGGACAUCCGGUUGACGGCAAAGAGCAAAGGGAUGGUGCAGCAUUACACCUGCCUCGGGGAUGUGCACGGCUUCGUGGUGUGGUGCAGGAAGGGUGCGUUCUCGGGGCCCACCCCCCAGGCCAAGCCACGCAGCGUCAGUCUGGACCUGCGGAAGCUCUCCCUGGAGGGGACCGCCCCUCCACAGCCACUACGGCCCUGCAACCCCCCUGCAGCGCCACCACGCCUCAGCGGCCGGCGCAGCAAGCUGGAGGAGAACAGUGUCGGAGAAAGUGACAGCAGCAACAACAUCUACGGCAUCACAGCCAUCGAUGGAGUUCCUUUUGCUCUGCAUCCAAGAUUUGAGGCCCAGUCCAACGGCAAGGUGCCGACGAACUCCUUAAAUAACAUGCGUAUCAAGUCUAUCCAAGACAUUGAGAAUGAGUACAACUACACAUUCUCUGUGGAGGAGCAGGCUGCCAAGCGCCUCACCCCCUCAGCUGCGGCCUCCUCAUAGAGACGCUUCCGUCGCUGCCGCUACACCCCCCCCCCCCCCCCCCCUUGGAGGAUCCGUCCUCACGCCUUCACCUGCCAAUGGCCCAAUGGCUUCAUAUCUCUCUGUCUUUCUUUCUCUCUCUCUCUCUCUCUCACUCACUCACUCACU